AUGCUUUACCUGCGUGUUAGUUGGGUUGCUGGACAAGCUGGAAUUGGAUUAGGCUGCGCUGUUGUACUGCUUGCUUCACUGGUAACAUUCAUUACGGCAUUGUCGACAUGUGCUAUCUGUACAAAUGGCGACGUGAAGGGUGGAGGAGCUUAUUUCUUGGUCAGUUUUGCUUCAUUCUCAAUCCUAAUUGAUGAACUGACUCGAAUUCGAAAUUCUUUCUUGAACUGGAGUAAUUUUGAACUGAAAAUGGAGUUGAGCUGA